UAAUAAUAUUAGGGGUUGUUAUGUUUUUAUUCGUAUUGAUAUUUGGAAAGUGCGUAGGCUACUGUUGCUAUGGUUCACGAUUUCUGUGUACCUUGCAAUUAAACUUUAAUGUCUAUUUGUCUGAAAACGCAUAACUGUAUACAAUGAUUAUAUUUUCAGACCUUCCCAAUCCUGUUUUGACGUCCUUUAGUACCUCCCCCGACCGCAUCUUUAACCGCUAUAGUUAAUAAUAGUAGGUCACGCCCAGGAUUUUUCUUUACUAUUCCAGUUGUUGAAGAACCAAUGCGUAUAAUCACUCUGGCAAGGAUUUGAACCGGACCGGACAGCAAAGAGUUAACGCGAAAGAGGAAAUCCCAUCGGGUUGGACACACUGAGAAAUGCGAUUAUACUGCCUCAGUUUAACACUGGCGAGUGGACCGAUUGCGCGCUAUGCGACCCUCGUCAUAGAGAAAGCUUAUUCUACAAGGUGAUCAUUACAGGCGAUGCCUCUGCAGCUCUAAGCGAAAUAGAGUAGCCAUUGUUAUUGCUGAGACUGAACCGAGGUUUUCAGCAGGAUGUGGGUUGCCCUGACAGAACCCACGCUGGGCCGAGGACGCGCGUUCAGAACGGACUGCAGUUCUGCGUCCAGCAGCAGGUGAAUGGCCAGGUGCGCCUUCACGUGUGACAUCGUCUGACCGCGGGCCGUCUUAACGCGAUACGCGUGACUGUUUUUAACAAGUGUACAGAUUCGCUUCUCUACUUGAAUUCAAAGAAGAGACAGCUCAAUGCGUCACUGGACCAUGAAGCACCAUCAUCAGUUUUUCAUGUGUUUUUGGAGAACUCUGGUCACUGUUCUUCUGUUUGAAGGCACCCCGCUCAUGAUGUUCAGGGGGACCCUAACUCUGACCCUAAACAGGGAUGACAGCAGCUUCACGCGGAUAACUCACUCCUUUCACAAUGUCACAAAUUAUAGAAGAGAACUGAAGCCUCUGGCAAUGACAAGGCCGUUUGCUUUUGUCAAUGGACUUAGGAGAAGCCUGAGUGAUGUUUUACAGAAUGGUCACCCUGACAGAUUGCUGUGUGGUUUACAAGUGGGAAGCAGCUUGUAUAUCUUGGAACUGGAGAAAAACCAAGAUCUUUUGCCAAAGCCGCCUAACGUGUUCUACUACCUGCCAAAUGGAACUGGGGUGUCCAUGAAGGAGAACCCAGUGAUGCAUUGUUACUAUCAUGGUUCAGUGCAAGGUUACCCUCAGUCCCGUGUGGUUCUCAGCUCCUGCUCUGGGUUACGGGGGGUGAUAGUCAUUAACGCCACACUGAGCUUUGAGCUGCUUCCUGAGGAAGAACAGCAUGAAAAAGAAGAGGAAGGGAGUGGAGGAAUGGAAGAAGGAUGGAUGCAUGUGAUCUACCUGACACAUCCACAAACAUCCGAGUCUAGAGAUUGUGGAGUGUCGCAUACCUCUAUUCCUCCCAUUCAGAUCAUCCCACACACACACAGGAGUAAGAGAGACAUUCUCUCAGAGACCAAAUAUAUUGAGCUGGUGCUGGUGGCGGAUCAUAAAGAGUAUCUGAAUUAUCAGAAGAAUAAUAAAACCAUAAUCUACCGCAUGUUGGAUGUGGCAAACCAAGUAGACUGGUUCUACCGGCCGCUGAAUGUACGUGUGGCUCUGCUGGGUUUGGAGAUCUGGAGUGACCAGGACAAAAUUAAAGUGGAUAAAAAUCCCACUGAAACUCUAAACCGCUUCCUGGAUUGGAGGACCAGGGAGCUUCUACCACGACUACGGCAUGACAAUGCACAGCUCAUCAUGGGUGAAUCAUUUGAUGGGACGACAGUCGGCAUGGCAUCUCAGUCCUCCAUGUGCUCAAAGGAUCGGUCAGGGGGAGUGAAUGUGGAUCACCUGGUGAGCGUGUUAGGUGUGGCAUCAACGGUGGCACAUGAGUUGGGUCACAACCUGGGAAUGAGUCACGAUACAGCCGACAGGCGCUGCCAGUGCCAGAACGAGCCUCGGCUUGGGGGCUGCAUCAUGGAGCCCUCCACUGGGUUUAUGCCCGGUCAGCUCUUCAGCAGCUGCAGUGAACGGGAUCUUUCUCUCAGUCUACUGCAUGGUGGUGGAAUGUGUCUGUUUAACGUGCCUCAGCCGGAGAGUCUUCUGGGAGGUCCACGCUGUGGGAACCUGUACGUGGAGAAAGGAGAGGAGUGUGACUGCGGCCUACUGGAUGAAUGUAAUGACCCUUGCUGCAAUGCCAGCACGUGUAAACUGGUUCCUGGGGCCCAGUGCUCUUCUGAUGGCAUCUGCUGUGAGAACUGCAAGCUGCGUGUGGCCGGGUCGGUUUGUCGGGAGCCUUUGGGAGAUUGUGAUUUGCCGGAGUACUGCACUGGCACGUCCCCCUACUGUCCUCCUAAUGUGUUUCUGCAGAACGGAGAGUCAUGCAAGGACGGGUCCUCGUACUGCUACAGCGGCGUGUGUGCCAGUCUGGACGAGCAGUGCCAAAUGCUCUGGGGACCGAACUCCACCCACGCUCCACCCAUCUGCUUCUCCUCUGUGAAUAAGCAGGGCAAUAAAUACGGAAACUGUGGCCAGAUGCCUAACGGUUCCUACAUCCCCUGUUUAAAAUGGGAUGUGCACUGUGGUAGGAUCCAGUGUCAGGGUGGAAAUGAGCGUCCUCUGCUGGGCUCCGACGUUGAGAUUCUGACCACAACAGUCAAACUGAACCAGAGUGACUUUACCUGCCGGGGCGCCUAUUUUAAUCUGGGUGAUGAUGUUUCAGACCCAGCCAUGGUGUCCCAGGGGACGGCCUGUGGGCCCAACAAGGCAUGUGUAGACCAAAAGUGCCGGGACGUGUCCAUGUUUGGUGUUGAGGAAUGCCGCAGGAAGUGCAAUGGCCACGGGGUGUGUAACAGUAAUAAGAACUGUCACUGUGAUGAAGGCUGGGCUCCUCCUGACUGCAGAUACUCUGGAUAUGGUGGCAGUCUGGACAGUGGCCCUGCACGAGAGCCUAGAGAUUCAGAUCCUGCACGGGUGGCUCUGCUGGUCAUUUUCCUGUUUGUGUUACCGGUCUCGCUGCUGUUUAUCGCACUCCGCUUCCCCCGCUGUCGACGAGGCCUUGUGUACCUCGGCCACACCCCCUUCAACAAGAGCCGACAGAGCCGUGGGGUCUCCGUGGCCUAUAUUGAAUGCUGUGACAAAGAGGAAAACCGGAGGACUCCUGCCAUGGAGCUUGGAAAUGCUCGAAAUGGAGAUCAGGUGCAACCGCUCAGGUACCAGUGGCCCCACCAGAGCGACAUCCCUCUCACCCAGGCUAUCAGCAAGGUCCAAAACAGGCCUGCUGCUCCAACUAAACCUCUUCCACCUGAUCCUGUCGUUAAACCUGCUCAGUUGAUGGGGCAUUGGCCCGCCCCUCCCACCAAACCCCUCCCUCCUGACCCCAUCCCCUCAGAGAGCAAGAUGCAGUGCAAGCCCACAGGAACACGACCGGCUGCUCCAAGCAAGCCUCUCCCUCCUGACCCUGUCCUCUCUACCCGCCAGAAGCCCGUUCCCCCCAAACCUCCAGUUCCCAAGAAACCACUACCUAUGGAUCCUUCAUCCCAUCCUCACCCACCCCCACUGCUGGGACAUCCAGGACCUGCCACAUCUUCAUCAUCUUACUCACGUAACCCUACAUCAGCUGCUGCUCCUGCCAGACCUGCCCCUCAUCCGCCUUUACGGAGACAGCAGUACCCUGGGAAACCCCACACUCCUCACCAAGUAUAGUCUGGAAGGAAACUCUGGCCCGGUUGCAAAUUUAUGGACUACACUUUUUUUCUUUUCUUGUUUAAUGGUAAAAAAUAUAAGUGUCUCAUGAAAACAAGAUAAAUUUGAGAAGAAAAAUUGCAUAACAUAUUAAAACUUAUUUUUAGAGAAUAUUUUCUGAAUAUAUAGGGUAUAAUACUGUUUAUACCCUAUAUAUGUAUAUAUAUAUAAAAUUAUAUAAUAGGGUAAGAAAUAGGGUGAGAUGUGCAGUUUUCCUUCUCAUGUAAAUGUAUUUGAUGGACUUUUAUGGCUUCUUAUUUUUGCUGGGAAACAAGACAGAAACCAGUGAUCGAGAAAAAGAUUUUUUGCCAUUUGGACCCACUGUGGGACACUACAUGAUGUAGACUUGCACAAUUCUAUUUGCACUGACCAUGAGUGAGGAUUUGAUUCUGCAGGGUGAACAUUAACACCUGUACAGACCUCUGUUGCUGUGCAGCUGGAUCAGAACUUCAACUUACAACUCCUUUUGAGGCUCACUGGGCUAUCUGAGAAAUUACAGACUCCAAUGAAGAUGAAAUCAUGACAAAAAAUACAAACUUUUAAAAGCUAACAUGAAGUGGAUGAAUUACAUUCCUUUUGUGAUUCAGAUGCUCAGUUCAACGCAUGGAAAUAAGAUAUGAGGAGAUGAUGCCUUGAGGAAGGAGUCCUGAUUUCUUUCUCUGAGAUGCUGUAUGCAUGCUCAAUUUGCCUGAUCGGAUCUUUUCCUACAGAAUCUAUUUGGUGCCUAAAUACUUUACCACACAACAUUUCAUCAAUGAUUGAAUUUCCAAACUCUUUGUUUCUAGAGCUGAAAAUUCCCCGUAAAUUCUGUCCAGUGUAUUACAUUCCAUUGAACAUCAGCUGGGCUCAUUACAGACAUUAGCAUUGGACACAAACACACGUUCUCUGUAAAGUCAUGUCUUAUAUCGGUCUCAAGACAGUUCAUAUUGUGAUUGUAAAUGCUGCUGCAGGGGAAAAACUGGCUGAUUGGAAGAUCGCCUUUUCGAUCAAAGCACUGAGGAAGGUAUAUUUAAGUGUAUUUUGACAUAUGCAGUAUUUUUAAUGCAAUAAACAUGGGAUUUAUUUUUACAGUUGA